AUGGCGCAUGUAGACACCAGUGACGAUGAGGAGGCCUGUGACUCCGAACCCGUGGUCCUCGACAGCAAGGUGGGGAUUCGGAACCUGUCCCUGGAGAGAGAGAAAGCUCGCUCGCUGCUGCUGCAGGCGCGCGAGGAAACAGCCGCCGCACAGAAGAAGGUAGACAGCGGUCCGGAGGCUUCGUUGCUGAGCCGCCUUCAAACAAGGCAGAUGGUGCUCAGUUCAGAGCUCAAGCAGUGCGAGCAGGACCUUCAGGCUGCCAAGCGAAGGGACCGCGCAAGCGGAGGAGUUUUCGGCGGUGGCGGCCUGGCGGUGGGCCAAAAAGUCCGUGUCAGGCAAGCCGACCGUUUCGGCAAUCCUGCAGGUGGCAUCCAGGACCGGGUGGCGGUUGGGUUCUGUGAUGGCACUAGGCUGACAUUCAGCAGGUGGCUUGUGGCCUCACUCUUUCAAUCUGCCAUGAUGCUCUUUUGGAUGCACUGGGUCUCCUUGGUCCUGGUCGGUGUGGCGGCUCACAACCGCACAGAGUCCUGUGAGGACACGGACAAAGAGGCCAUGUCCUGCCUACAGACCCGGCAGGGGGCUCAGGCGCAAAAAGCCAUGAGUUCAAGCAGUGCCUGUGAUUGCGUGUACACCAUCCAGUCUGGGGAUACCUGCUGGGCAAUUUCAAAAGACUAUUUCGGGGUGGAGUACCCGGACAUCCAGGUGAUGAGCACCGGGGAGACUUGCCCGGAUGCCGCGUUGUACUCGGGUGAGCAAGUCUGCGUUACCGGCCCCACCAAAGGCAAGGAGAAGUGUGAGGGUGGAAGUCCCGACUGCGUCUACAUUGUGCAGCCGGGCGACUCGUGUUGGGCUAUGAAGGAUAUCUUUGGAGUGCCUUACGAGUCGAUUACGAACAUGCAGACUGGGGAAAAAUGCCCGGACUGCACUGUGAACCUGGGUGAUCAGUUUCAGAUCGACAACCCCAAAAAGAGCCAAGACAAGUGUGAAGGCCCAACCCCAACAUUUCCACCAAGCCCGGGACGCUGUGAGUGGCCGGAGGACUUCGCGACGGAGCUGUACUGGAUGCCCUACACCGAGAAGGAUGCGCUUCCCUCUGCCGAUAUUCUGAAGCGCGUGACCAAGGUGAUCAUGGCUUUCGUUGGAACCUAUGCUUACACCAAGGAGUCGCGUUGGCAAGAGUACAAAUGUGAGUCCAGCUGCACCUUCCCGAAAGUCUGGCCCUUAGUCAGCAAGGGUCAGGAGUGGGCUAAGCAGAUGAAGGCCAUGAACUCCAACCUAGAAGUGACGAUCUCCUUCGGUGGCUGGAACCAGGGGCCUGGAGACCAGAACCUGAACUGCUACGAAAUCUCCGGCUGCUAUGCCGAUGUCAAUGGCCUCGCGGACGAGCUGGCACAACUCAACGGCGGAUCCAUCGAUGGCAUUGACCUGGAUUACGAAAUGUCUGAGGACCUUUCGUCUGCCACCGGCAAAGGUGUCACCUUCCUCGGCUUCCUGAGCUUAGCGCUCCAACAACGCGGUGUUCACGUCUCUCAGGCGCCCCAGCCACCGUACUUCGACACUUCCGGCCCAGGUGGCGGCUCCUACACGAAGCUCUUGCAGGAGUACCCCGCUUGCAAGAAGGAUCUCAUGGCGAUCCAGUACUACAACAAUCCGAAGUUUGCCAUCGGUGUAGACGAUGACAACAUCGCCAAGAAUUACUGGAGUGCAGUGGGGGACAUGGGUGGCGACGCUUCGAAGGUGCUCCUGGGCCUGUGCUUCGUCGACUGCAAUGAUGGUUUCAGGGCCUACGACCCCAGCUUCCCGGCGAAGAGCCAGACCCUGGCGCCCGACUUGCUCAAGAACGUCAUGUCCAAAGGCAAAGGCUUCGGUGGCAUCAUGAUCUGGGCGAACCCUCAGUCGAAGAAGAGCAGCAAGUGCAAGGAUACCAGUGGUAAGGAUGAUGGCUGCUUUCCGCAGAUGCCGGCAUGGCUGGACACUGUCUGCUACUCCGUGGGAGGGACGCCAGCUCCCACACCCCCCCCGCCGCCCGUGCCGGAGGAUGGGUACAACGGGCAGUUCAUGAUCCCCGCCAAUUGGGGCUCAACGUCCUGGAAGUACAAAGGCCCCAAGGGGCCAAUUGGCAUCUGCUUCGGUGGCGCCAGCGUCAUCCAGUUAAACACCGACGCCGGAUGUGCCCCAGGUGGUGAUACGUACCAAGUCACGGUGGACAUGUUGACGAAGGGCGGGCAGAAGUUCUACGACUUCGGAGGGGGCGACGCUAACGCUAAGCAGUGGUACACCGAAGAUCUCCUGGCCAAGCUGAAUGACUACAUGGACACCCUGGUCGGAAGCUAUGAGGGUAUCUUCUAUGACAUCGAAACCUUCCCGUCGGACUUCAACCCAACAACCAUGAAAAGCGCAUUGGACCUCUCCUUCUCCAUGGCCAAGUCCAAAGGGUUCAACAUUAUCGCCAGUACCUCAUACACAUCACCCUACACGCCCAGAGGCUAUCCAAGCGACUACCAACAGCGUGCCGACGAGGUGUGGAAGCAUGUCAUGGCGAAUCCGGAUGUCGACAUCUUUGCGCCGCAGUUCUAUGCCGACGGCAAGACCGCUAGCAUUGUAGAGACCAGCGGUAGCUCCGUGAAGUUCACGACAUGGACAAGCACCAUCCAGGAUUCCUCCGGAAGGAUCCGCCCCAUCUUCAAGGCGUACUCCUGGCAAUACUACGAGAAUCAGGUGGCCCAGAUGGAGAAGAAGUGCAAGAGCAUACCUGACGAGUUUUGCCAAGGUGGCUAUCUCCUCUGGGGUGGCCCUUGA